AUGCAGGACCCAAGAUUAUCCAACAUAACAUUAACGAGAUCAGAGGUUGAGCGACGACCUACCGGUACUCUGAACCCUUCUUUCGGCCAAAGACCACAAGAUAACCCAACUGGAUUUGCUCAGUUUUUGAUGAUGGUACUGGGGUUUGAGGUUCUGCUUCAACAUCGUGCUUAUGGUAGUCAGAUUUCACAGGGAACAGAACAAGAAAAUGAGCGAUGA